AUGAAGAGACUCGUAUUGCCAGUGUGGAUUAUUCUCGCUUGCCUGAGACUGUCAUCUUCAGUGUGUCCAGGUGGAUGGUUCGGCUUGAGAUGCGAAUACAAGUGCCGCUGCACCGAGAACAAAUGUGAACAACCAGAAGGAACCUGCUACGGCGGUGCCACCUGCCAGCCUGAAUGGUUCGGUCCAGCGUGUCAGUACGUUGACCUGGCCCAACGAUACAAAGCAUCUGAUCCUCGGCUGCCAGUAAAUCUAAUCCUAGACGGAAAUGAGAACACAUGUCUGAAUGCGAAUGAAGUCACGCUGUCCUUGUUGGAGCCAUUUCAACUGUCAUGGUUUCGAGCACAUGUGAGGGACUCUUAUGUUCCAGGAACAUUGAAGAUACAAUUCAGAGAAAAGACCAACUCUCCACUUCUUGCUUGUGAAAACCAAAGGGCAGCACAGGUCUCUGAUACAGCUGUAGACAUCCAUUGUGAUUUGAACAUUAUGGUCAGUCAAGUGAUCCUAACAGGUGAAAGUGUCCGAGCCCUGUGCUCCUUCUUCAUCAGUGGAGGACGAAAUGUUGCCCUCAAACAAAAGGCAGCACAGUCUACAAUUUAUGAUGUCAGAAACUCACAAGCAUCAAAAGCUGUUGAUGGGGAUGCCAGUAAUUGGUAUGACAGUGCCACCUGUAGUCACACUGACGAAGGAAAGCGUGAAGCUAACUGGAAUGUCACAUUUUACCAGCCUGCAUCAGUCAACAGAUAUGUCAUCUACAACAGAGAUGAAGGUGUCCAUGUAGAUGAGCGACUACAAGGGUUUCAGCUGAUAAGUUAUGACCCAGCUGGAGCAAAAGUGUUUCAGUUCGUUGACACAGCACCCACUGAACAGAAAGUCUACACAGUGACCUCACUGGCUACAGAGAUACAGACUGUCGAUAUCCGUGCCAAAAAGGCUGACAGAUAUGGCCAGACCAUUGUCACUCUCUGUGAGGUGGAAGUGUUUGGUGAUUCUGUGUGUGAGCCAGGCCGGUUUGGUCGGAACUGUGAACACAAAUGUAACUGUGCAGACAGCAAUGAGACCUGCUUUGUUAGUACCGGCGGAUGUCCUUCUGGCUGCCCUUCUGGCUUUCAAGGGGAAAGUUGCAGUGAAGUCUGCAAAAAGGGAUGGUUUGGGACCAGUUGCCAGUACAAGUGUCACUGCCGACUUGAUUUUUGUGAGUUUGUUGAUGGAUCGUGUACUCAGGGAGUCUCAUGUGCAAGUGGUUGGUUCGGUCCAGCAUGUCAGUAUGAGGACUUGGUACAGAGUGAGACCCUAGAUCAAAGUUUACUGCCUCCAUUUGUUGUCAGGGAUAGCAAUGACAAUACUUGUGUUGAUGAUAGCACACAGAUGGUAAUUAUUGUCUGGACUAUACCUUAUCAGUUCACCUGGCUGAAGGCUGUUGUCAAAGAUCCUGAUGUCUUGAGCAGAUUGUCUCUUCAUUUUAAAACCGACAGUUCUCAGUCAGUCAACUGCACAAACCACCAGCAAGCCAGAGUCAAUGAUAGAACGGUGGACAUUCACUGUGACUUGAGUGAGAUGGUGAAACAAGUCAUAAUAACUGGCGAGGGCGUCAAGUACUUAUGUUCAGUUUACAUCAGUGGAGGUAGAAAUGUAGCACUAAAACAGAGGACCACACAAACCAGUAUCUUCCCACUGAUAUCGAUGUCACAGUCCAAGAAUGCUGUUGAUGGCAACAGGGACAACAUUUUCGAACAUGGCAGCUGUACACAUACAAAUUAUGAUGACAACAGCCCCGCAUGGGCUGUGACCUUCUCCGGGAAACUAACAGUGAACAGAUACGUGCUCUACAAUAGAGCAUUAGUUGCUCACAGACUACAGGGAUUCCUACUAGAAAGUUUCAGUGAAGAAGGGACUAAUGUGUUCAAGUUUAAGGAUCUGGUGCCUACAACCCAAGGCGUGUACACAGUUACAUCAACAGCACCACCCUCUCCAAUUUCACUUGUCAAGAUACAGAUUGCCAGUUUGGAUGUCAAUCGGAAUGCCAAUUUUCUGACAUUGUGUGAAGUUGAAAUUUUUGGAGAUAGUUUAUGUGAGUCUGGCCAGUAUGGGCGGGAAUGUGAACACAAGUGUGCCUGUGCAGAUAAAAAUGACACAUGCUUUGUCAGCACUGGAGGAUGUCCUUCUGGGUGUGCUCCUGGUUUCCAAGGGAGAAUCUUGCAGUCAAGUCUGUAG